AUGCCUGAUGGUCUGGAUAUUGACCGCAAGGCGCACCUCAGCGGCACCAUGUCCGCGCACAGACAGCACCUGGUUGUCUCGAGCGGCCGCUCCGACUGGACGAGCAGGAUAGAAAACGAGCGAGACACGGCGGCCUGGGGAAAGUUCACGGCGGAUGUCAAGUCUAUGCUGGGAAGAGGAGGAGAAUUCUUCGAUCCGUACCACAACGACGUCAUGGUCAGCACGUCGUCCUUCACGCCUCUAGAAGAAGCCGCCGAACGGGAGUCGCAUCUGCACAAGGCGAGCGGAACCCCGACGGCGAGUGAUGUGCAACAGGCUCCUCCUCAACAGACCGUCGACGCCCUCCUGUUCCCGGCCUUCAAACACUUCAAGGGCCUCGGGACCGGUACCGACGGCGACGAUCGCUCCGGCAACGACGCGCGAACGCUGAUCAAGGCGUCUCUUCUUCCUGAGAAGGACAGACUCAACGCCGUCUACAGGGACCUCUCCGACGCCGAGCGGACGGCCAGAUCGCGCGACCCGGCCCUGCUCGCCUCGUCCCUGGACGCGUCGAGCAUACAGGUGCCCACGAUCCUGAUAUGCAGCCACGGCCAGCGAGAUCGCAGGUGCGGCGUCCUCGGCCCGCUCCUGCACGGAGAGUUCACACGGUACAUUUCGUCCUCCCGUGGCCGCGCAGCACGCUGCGGGGGAGGUACUACGGGACCACUCGAACCCGUGACCGGCGCCUUUAGAUCCUCGAUGUCAGACACACCCGGUUCCGCCGACGACGAAAUCCUCCCCGUCAACGUCGGCAUGAUUUCUCACGUCGGAGGACACAAAUGGGCCGGCAACGUCAUCAUUUACGUCCCACCGGGCAUGCGAUCCCCGGCCCCCGGUGCCGCCGCCGCCGCCGGACCACACCCGCUGGCCGGCAAGGGGAUCUGGUACGGGCGUGUCGAGCCGCGACACGUCGAGGGGAUCGUCGAACAGACCCUGGCCCGGGGAACCGUCAUCCAGGAGCUCUUCCGCGGCGGACUGUCUGCGAACGGCGAGAUGCUGAGGUUGCCGUUAUAG